AUGAAAUUAACUAUAUUUUUUAUUUUUCUCCAUAUUUCAAUUAUUUUUUCUAUUGAUAAUGAAAAAAAUCAUAAUGAAUUAAUAGGUAAAGCAUUGGAAUUAAUAAAUACAAAUGAUUGUACAAUUCCUAGUUUUAUCAUAAUUCUUCCAAUUUUUUAUCUUAGACGAUUUAAAAAAAUUUGGACAUUGUCAAAUAACGAUAAAUUAGAAGAUUGUAAAAGUAUUUGGAAAGAAACUAAAGAAUUUGUAUAUCAAUUACCAAGAGUUCUCCAAAAUAGAUUUAUUAAUUUUAUUGAUAAAGAAGAAAGUGAUAAAACAAAUGCUAAUUUUAUUUUAGAAUUAUUACCUGAAGAAAAAGAAUUUUUUGAAAAAACAUUAAAUAAUGUAUCAAUGACAAUGGAAGAAAAAGUUGAAAUAUUAUCUGUCUGGGGAAAUGAACGUUUAUCUACAUCAGCUAUGGGACAUUUCAAUAAAUUUCUUGAAGCAAUAGUACAAAAAGAUAAAAAAUUAAAAGAAAAAAUUGAUAAUCUUAGUCCAGAAGCAAAAAAAGCAUAUAAACAAAUUAUAGAACUUCAGAGAUUAAAACAAAAUAUGUUUGAAUCAUUUUCUAGUAGUGUAAAAAAGGAAUUGGCAAAUAUAUGGAAAAAUGACAUUAUAAUAAAAUCAAAGAACUUUGAAUUAGAAAGAGAAAUGUUAACUUUAGAUGGAAUAAUUUUUUAA